CACAAUCCUCCGUCUACUCUACAUUAUAAACAACGAAGAUGGCCACCAUAGUCAUAAGAGAGCAAGAGCAAGCUCAACAGAGUCGCAAAAGUUAAUAGUUAAACAUUUAAUUUCUACUUAACUAUACAGUUUAUGUUACGUUUUAAAUUUAAACGCAAAAGGUUUUUUGAUACAAGUAAGCGACAGAUUUUGAUUGUUCAACUGCAGCGGUGACCGGGGUGUUGGCUUCCUGGUUAUGGAGAUAUUAAACCCGUUGACUCGACUGCGAGUGUCUAUACUCUCUCUUGGGCGAUCGCUGUCUUCUUCACAUAUUAAACACUUCAGCCGGAGCAUGGCGUCUGAAUCCGUCGCGCGUUAUGAUUUUCUGGUGAUAGGCGGAGGAUCAGGAGGGCUGGCCGGUGCGCGGCGGGCAGCUGAACUUGGUGCCAAGGCUGCCGUGAUCGAAAGUCAUAAACUCGGAGGUACCUGCGUAAAUGUUGGUUGCGUUCCUAAAAAGGUUAUGUGGAACGCCUCCACCCAUGCAGAGUAUCUCCAUGAUCAUGAAGACUACGGCUUUGAAGGAGCAAAGGCACAUUUCAGCUGGGAGCUUAUUAAACGAAAACGGGAUGCCUAUGUUAGUCGCCUCAAUCAGAUUUACCAGAAUAAUCUUGACAAGGGAAAGAUUGAGCGCAUUCAUGGCUAUGCAAGGUUCACUGAUGACCCUGAACCCACCGUUGAAUGCAAUGGAAAGAAAUACACUGCACCUCAUAUCCUAAUAGCCACUGGUGGCUACCCGUCCACUGUCAGUGAGAUGGAUGUGCCAGGAGCCAGUUUUGGUAUAACCAGCGAUGGAUUCUUUGAACUUGAGUCCUGCCCUAAACGUAGUGUCAUAGUUGGAGCUGGGUAUAUUGCAGUGGAGAUGGCUGGAAUCCUUUCCACUCUGGGGUCCAAAACUUCUAUCAUCAUUCGACAAGGCGGGGUUUUAAGGAACUUCGAUGCCUUGAUAAGCUCAAAUUGCACCAAAGAAUUGCAAAAUCACGGUAUUGACCUACGGAAAAAUACUCAGGUAAAGUCAGUGCAGAAGACUGAUAAAGGACUCACUGUUACGCUAGUAACGAAGGAUCCCGACAACAAGGAUGCUCAGGAGAAGUUUGACUCUAUUCUUGAGGUGGACUGUCUGCUCUGGGCUAUCGGCAGGGACCCCAACACCGCUGGCCUCAAUCUCAGUCAAAUAGGUGUGAAGGUUGAUGAGAGGGGACACAUUGUGGUGGACGAGUUCCAGAACACCACUCGUUCAGGCAUCUACGCUGUUGGAGAUGUUUGUGGGAAAGCUCUUCUUACACCUGUCGCUAUUGCUGCAGGCAGAAAGCUUGUUCGUCGACUGUUUGAGAACCAAGCAGACUCCAAAGUUGAUUAUGAGAACAUCCCAACUGUUGUGUUCAGCCACCCACCUAUCGGAACAGUGGGGCUAACUGAAGAUGAAGCCAUUAAAAGCUGGGGAAAGGACAAUGUGAAGGUUUUUGCCACAUCCUUCACCCCAAUGUAUUAUGCCAUCACCACACGAAAGACUCAGUGCGUCAUGAAGUUAGUGUGUGCAGGCAAAGAUGAAAAGGUGGUUGGUCUUCAUAUGCAAGGUUUAGGAUGUGAUGAGAUGCUUCAAGGUUUUGCUGUGGCCGUUAACAUGGGAGCAACUAAAGCAGAUUUUGACAGAACCAUUGCCAUUCACCCCACAUCCUCAGAGGAGCUAGUUACAUUGCGCUAAUCAAGGACCACUCUUAACAAUAAAAAUGUAUUUUUGGAAAAUCUACAUUACAGAAACCAUGACUGCUUUGUUUUAUCCCUAUGGUCAGGUUUUAUUACCAGUGGUUAAAACACAAUAUGGUGGUUAAAGCGCUCAAAUAUCUCACAGGACUUAGGUAUGCAUUAUGGUAUUAUUAUUUGACUGGAACAGGGUUAUAGAUGGGUUCAACAACAUUUCUUAAAGGCUGGAUUGUGAGAGUUUGAUUUAAUAUAUGUGGGUAGUAGGUAGAGCUUGCUCAAUAUGUCAAAGUUAUGAACAGUAUUUAUUUCACUCUGAGAACCUUGACAUUUUCUAUAAUACAUUUUAAUAAACAUGUAAAUAUCACUAACAUUUUA